CAAGAACUGCUACGCUUAAACAUGGCUUAGAGAUAAGUCCCACCCAGUUGUCAGCUUGUUCGGGCCUAUCUAAUGUAGGUAAGGUAGGGAUCAUAUCUCUCCAAGUUAUCUUUACCAUAACAAAUAACUAAAAUCUUAUGUAAACCAUCUUCUCCGCAGCUCGCUAAUCCUCAAGAGGCAACGGUCGACCCAGAUGCUGCGGUUUAGGAAGGCCAACCAGGUGCAAAAGUCCACUAAACCCUAUCCAGACGAAAAGGAAUGGGAACGCUGUAUGUAUCUCUUAUAUGUACCUAUGUAGGUAGCUAAGGUAGGUAGGUAUGUACCUAACGUAACACCACCUUCUAAUAAGAUGCGGCCCUCGUGAUAAUAAAUCUAGAAGGUUUCGAUAUUUUUACAUAUCAUAUCAUGUGCUGAGCGCGUCUUACUUGCAUUGCGCAUCGCACGUUGCACCUCACAUUCCUUACCGUCUGUGCCAAUCGCUGCUUGUCGCCUUAUACCUCCGUCUACGUCUACGUCUAUGCGAGGAAGAUCCGUGCAAGCAAGUGUUGUUGUUGUUGUUGUUUUUUGUUUUUUUUUAAAGCAACUUCCUUGGGGUCCUAUCGCAUGAAACCACAGCUUUGAAUCCGUCUCGCGAGAGUGGAAGAUGGGCCGCCAGAGCGAAGAGGUGGCGUAUGCCACGGGCGACUCUAGUCGCGUCGAGUCCGAGCCGAAAGGCGAUGUGGUUGACCGCACCAUGUCGAAUCGGGUCGGGGAGAUGAACCUCGAGAGCGGUUAUCAGCUCAAGAGAGGGCUUAAGAGUCGACAUAUUCAAUUCCUUGCUCUCGGAGGAGCAAUCGGAACCGGUCUAUUCGUCGGCUCCGGCCAGAUCCUAGCCACGACCGGGCCGGCGCCGCUGUUCAUGGCAUACCUGUCUAUGAUGUUUGUGGUCUGGGUCAUCAUGAAUAACCUCGCGGAAAUGGUGACGUACCUACCCAUGAAAGGUAUAUCGAUCCCGUACUUCGUCGGCCGCUUCGUCGAACCCAGUCUCGCCUUCGCCGACGGCUGGAACUACUGGUACACCUACACCAUGCUGCUCGCCGCCGAGUGCACGGCCGGCGCUAUAAUCCUGCAGUACUGGACCACCGCCGUCCCCGUAGCCGUCUGGAUCGCCAUACAGCUCAUCGUCAUCUUGCUGCUGAACAUCGUCGCCGUUUCGUUUUUCGGCGAGGCCGAGUUCUGGUUCGCGAGUGUAAAGCUUAUUACCAUAACCGGCUUGAUCAUCCUGGGUAUCGUCCUGUUUUUCGGCGGCGGACCAACACACGAUCCUCUGUACUUUAAGUACUGGCAGCAACCGGGAGCUUUCCACUCGUAUCUGGUGGAGGGGAAUACCGGUCGGUUCUUGGCUUAUUGGACGGCCUUUGCGCGCGCUGGGUUCUCGUUCGUCACGUCGCCUGAGCUCAUCGCGCUCUCGGCGGGUGAGACCGUCGCACCGCGGCGCAACAUCCCUAAGGCGGCGCGCCGCUUCGUGUGGCGAUUGGCUGUAUUCUACGGCCUGGGCUCUCUUGUUAUUGGCAUCAUCGUCCCUUACGAUGAGAAGAACCUGACGGGCGAGUCGAACGCGACCGCUAGCCCCUUCGUCCUCGGUAUCUCGCGCGCCGGGAUUAGGGGGCUCAACCACGUUAUCAACGCUGCGGUUCUUACGUCGGCUUGGUCUGCCGGUAACGCGUUCUGCUAUUCGGGGUCGCGUGUGCUCUACUCUAUGUCGAUCAACGGCCAAGCGCCGCGGUGGUUCGGGCGUACCACGAAACGAGGUGUACCGUAUGUGGCGGUACUUUUCACCCUGGUGGUUGCGUGUCUAGCCUUUCUCAACGUGUCCAACUCAGGUGCGCAGGUGUUCCAAUGGUUCACUAAUAUCUCGACCAUCUCAGGCUUCAUCGCGUGGAUCGUAGUCAUGAUCACAUACAUACGAUUCCGGAAGGCCAUGGAACACCACGGGUUACUCGACGCGUUACCGUACCGGACGCCGCUGCAGCCGUACGCCACAUACAUCGUGCUGUUCAUCAUCGUGAUCCUGACCCUGACCAACGGGUUCCAGAUCUUUUUCCCGUCGGAGUGGAGCGUAUCCAACUUCCUCGCCGCGUACAUCACCAUCCCGAUAUUCCUGGUCCUGUACCUCGCGCACAAGAUCUUCUACCGCACGCCCUUGGCGACCAGGGUCGAGGACGUGGAUGUCUGGACGGGUAAGAAGGAGAUGGACGAUCUAGGUGCGGCAGAAGAGGAGCGAGUGCCACGGAAUUGGUAUGAAAAGGUGUGGUUUUGGCUUGCUUGAUGUGCUUUUACCCGUUGGUGAUAGGUGUAUAUGUAGUGGAUUUAUAUACGAUACCUUGAAAGAGGAGAGUUUUGAAUAGAUACCCGUGCAAGAUAGAUUUAGAAAGAUCCAAACCUAGGUUAAAACAUGGAAUUGCGCAAUACCGAUAGCAAAUUGUAUAUUGCAUUAAAU